AUGCCAUCAGAACCCCCCGGUUCAUUCUCAGAAAUUCCACCCAAAGCUACUGGCCCUUGGAAGUCUUCGUUAUUGAUUGAUCAUGGAUUGAAUGCGUCGGGGGUGAUCCCCGCAGGCUCAGAGGAUCUCGAGAGCAGUGCAAUCUCCCCAAUUAUUAUCUCGCCUAAGGGUGAUUUGAUUCUUGAGUAUGUCGAUCCAUCUUCAAGAAAGGGCAGUGCAUUCUGGCAAGUCUCACUUGAUAUGCUCGUUCGGAAGUGCAGUUACUUCAGAGCUUUGCUAGAUUUGAAUAAGUUCUCCGAAGGAGCGAACCUUGCACAGCAACUGAAAGCUAUCGAAGCCAGUACUCGGUCAAAACCAGUACUCAUCCUCAGGGAUAGCCCAGGUCAAGUUAUUUUGCCCGUGAUAGGAAUCACUGCAAAUUCUACGACUAGUCUUUACGGUGCAGAUGUCCUUGGCCUUUUCUUGAAGAUUAUCUGCCUGGAGUCGAUGGAUGAAUCGGUCAGAAAUAUUUUCAUUAAUGCGUUGAAACUUGAACCGCCGUCAGUUGUUGCAGGGCUUGUUCAAGUCGCUGAUUCGUUCAAUGCUCCAGAUGUUCUGGAAUCGGUCCUUCGUUCGGUUGGUUACCAAUACGGCAAAAAAGGAAGAUCCUCGCUCUGUUCCUUUAGCACUGCACUCUUGAAGAUAAAUGAAGAUCGUCUGCGACAAAUCGCCUUGAUCUCCAAGGUUCUGAAAGACUACGAUGUCACCCGAGUCAUGACCCAUACACUCAUCCUGCUUGGCUCUAAAUACUGGCAUAACGGACCACAUCUUCCAAAGCAUGAUUUUCUUCUAUGGCAGUAUCUACCUGAUCAAAUCGAAGAGGAGUUGUAUUACCGCCGGCGGUGUAUCAUGGCGACAAUCGCAGAUUUACAGUCACAUUUCCUCCGUGCCUAUGGCGUAUUAGAGGAUGUCCACCCCCAACCCUCUGUACCGGCUCAAAGAUCAAUGGCUAUGGCGUUUGCUACACCCCACAAACGUCAUUUUCAAUGUAGAGCAGGACUUUCAAACGGAAGCGAAUGCGAUAUAUUCCAAGUCGGUCAGCUCAUACGUUUCUUCGUCAUGCGCAGCAAAACCGUCUUCCUUGGGUCUAAUCUGAUUGAUCCUGAGUUCACUAUUGAUCCCGGAAGUCAAGGUGAAGACGGACAAAAAAAUAAAUCAGACCUCUUUGAUUUAUCGGACAUCAUUACCAUACUUACAACUCUAAAAGAGUUCCCUGACUACCAGGUCGAUGCCAAUCAUGGAAGCUGUGGCAUCAAACGCCGAAUUAUCCCCAUCAUUCCUUGCAUUGAGAAUUUCCUCCUGAACCCCAAAAGUCUCAUCGGGCUCGACUAUGGCAGAUGGUUCGAUGAAAACACUCGGCGAGCAACCGAAUGGAAAACCACGCCAAAAGCCUACUGCGUUGAUAUUCGGCAGUCUAUAUUAUAUGCCGUUCAUGAAUCGGGAAAGGGGCCUCACCGUAUUCUCCCUCCUGCGAGCAGGGAUGCCAGACUUUUGUUUACCGCGCAUAAACGUAAUUGGGAGGCAUAA